AUGUCCUCCUCUUCCCUCGCCUUCUUCGCCUCCGCCGCCGCCUCCUUCCACCCGACCCCCUACGUCCCCGCAGCCACGGCCUCUUCCUCCUCCUCCCGCCCCGUCGUGUCAACGCGCAACAGCCACCGCGGCCAUGACUCCUUAGCGGUCCCGCCCGGCAUGGACCCGCUUCCCACUGAUCCAAAAGUACACUUCAUCCAUCCACCCUUCACUACUUUCCCAAACUCGAAUCAGCAUCCCGAUGGCCUCACCUACUCUCUCAUGGCGGAGAACCCCGAGUGGUUCCUCGACCCCUGCGACUUCGUCUCACAGCACAACGCUAAUCCUAAAGCAAUCUCUUAUCCUCCUCACCUUGAGCCUCCCCGUGGCUGGUGUCCGGCAAAGAAGAAGGAUCUCAAAGAGCGUGGCGGAGAGGGAUGGCCCGAAGGCGAGGAGCCACGCCUUCGAUGCACAUUCUGCCGCAGGACAUACGCGGGCGUCAACGCAAAGAGUAUGUGGAGACGCCACGUCUUUGAGAAACACAAGAUCGCAAUGUCAAAUCGCAGGGAUGGGGGUACAGACCGCCCACGUGGGCGUGGAUCCGGAAAGGAGAAUAAGCUUCACAUUUCUGGGAGGGCCCGUGAGGACGCUCACGACAGCCUUCUCAGCAUUAUUGUCGCCCCGCAAACAGCGCCUGAAAAUGUGUCGCACAAAUCACGCUUCCGGUCCAGUAAACCGAUCGAAGUACCUAAAACGCGCGAUCGCGAGCGCAGGCGUACACAACAACCAUUGCCCCUGACGCCAUAUCAUUUUCAACAGGAAUUAAUUCCUCCUGCUAAAGAGGAGAGUGAAAUUGAAGCCCCUCUCAAGGCGAUGACCCCACCUCUAACCCCACAUGUCUCUUCAGAUCCCCCAGUUGUCUUGGGGGAAAACUCUGACGGACUAGUGUCACCUUCGCCAAAUAUCUCUCAUCCUGUCAUUCCUGAAUCUCCUUACAAUCCGCUUCAAACCCCUUCCUUCCGGCACUCUCCACCGCGCCCUCCCUCCGAUCAGCCAUGGCGAUAUCCAAGCCCAAGCCACCCACUCCAUUCUAACACCCGCGACUUGUCUUUGACGAUGUUGACGCGUCCUACAGCGACUCCCAUUGUCAAAGGACUUCCUUCCUUCGGAACAAGUCCGACGUCGAUGCUGGCCAUGCACUCCUCGCCGCUGUCAGCUAUAAUUUAUUCAGACGUUGGACCUUUUGAGACGCCAGCAGGGGCGAAGUUUUUGUUUGCGAAACCCGCGCCAAGAUCGCGCCUCGCAGAUCAGAUAUCCUCUCCAUUAAGCGCCAGUCCAAUAGUUGGGACCAGCAGCAGCCAAGACUUGCGAGGAUCUCCAUUACCUCGUAAGCGUCGGAGGGCUGCAGUGGAGCACAAAAGAAAUUCAUCCGACGUCUCUGAGGCAUGGCUCUCGGAGAAUUGUCUCGCCCCGUCAUCUCUCCCAGUCGACACUUCUAACAACGACCCAUUCUCCAUUUAUGACUCAUGGCCAUCUGUCGGAGGAGAAUCCACUAUUUCUCCUGUCCGUUUGCCCAGGACCCGGCUGGACGCCGAAAGUCCCGUCCUCCGCAAUGGAUCGUCUAGUGUAGUCGGCCUCGGGAUUGGACUUCUUGAACCGUUCAGGUAUCCCAAAGACGAGUCCUUGAGCUCCGCCGUGGACGCGGAACUCACAGCAAUCCUCUCAUCACCUGGAUAUGGAGAGGCGAUGUCUCUAGACGAGGGAAGCCCCCAUCCGAAGAAACGCAAAGUGUCGCCGGAAGUCUACCGUUAA